AUGUUAACACGGCAAUCGCGAAAUGACGUCGAAGCACAAGGAGAACAAACCAUCGCACAAAACGACAUCGAGUCAACAGAAGCCAAUUUCAAAUCGUUGUUGAGAAAGCUCGCUUAUUUUAACCGAUCUACGGCUGAUGUUCUAGAAAGUGAGUACGGAAGUGACAAAAUAAACAGACAAUAUACUUUGCUUAAAACCAAACUGGACGAAGCGUACGAUUUAAUACAAACUAUACAAGGUUUAAAGUUAGAUUCCGACGAGAGCGACGAAGCAAUCGAUCAAUGGACUCAGGAAAGGAAAUUACAAGUGCAACCCUAUGAAAAUGCGGUCGAAAAGCUCGACGAAAGGCUAAAACAUGACGAAAGUAUACGCAAGGAAAAGGCUCGUAACGACAAGCUAAACGAGGAAUCUAUUAUUCGAGACUGGAUGAGGCAAGAAGAACAGGAAGCUGAGAACAAUAAAAGAAUUCGUGAGGAGAAAUUCGCUUUACAACUUGAGGAAACGAAAUUGGAAAUAGCAGAAAAGAAACGC